GCUGAUUUACGUCUGACGUCAGAGCGUCAGCUGGCCGAAUGUUUACAUCCAGCAGUGGCGUGUUUCAGACUGGAUCCCCACAACAACAGAAGGCUGAGCACACGGGACCCCGCUAAGACAGAGACCAGCAGUCUGCAUUUCCACAAGUUAACAUGGGUGGAGCUGUGAGUGCCGGUGAGGACAAUGACGACUUGAUUGACAACCUGAAGGAGGCUUACUACAUCCGCUCAGACCUGGUGGAGCGGGCCUUUAGAGCUAUCGACCGGGCUGACUAUUACCUGGAUGAAUACCGGGAUAAUGCCUACAAGGACUUGGCAUGGCGGCAUGGAAAGAUCCACCUGUCUGCUCCGUGUAUCUACUCUGAGGUGAUGGAGGCUUUGGACCUCCACCCUGGCCUCUCCUUCCUCAACCUGGGCAGUGGGACUGGCUACCUCAGCACCAUGGUCGGCCUCAUAUUGGGACCAUUCGGAGUCAAUCACGGAAUAGAGUUACAUGCAGAUGUGAUUGAUUAUGCCUACCAGAAGCUCGACUGCUUCAUCAAAACCAGCGACAGCUUUGACAAAUUUGAAUUCUGUGAGCCGUCCUUUGUUGCGGGUAACUGCCUGGAGAUUCCUCCAGAGAGCCGUCAGUAUGACAGGGUGUACUGCGGGGCCGGGGUGCAGAAGGAGCACGAGGACUACAUGAAGACCCUGCUCAAGGUGGGGGGCAUCCUGGUGAUGCCUCUCGAGGAAAAGUUGACCAAGAUUACCUGUACGGGGCCGAACAGCUGGGAGACCAAAAAGAUCAUUUCUGUGUCCUUCGCUCCUCUGGUGCUGCCUAAACACGGCACAAAUCGCAAACCCAAGAAUGUCCCACUACCUAAGUAUGAGGUACGGACGUUACAGGAGCUGUCUCGCAUCUGUAUCCGCCACACCCUCAGAGUGAACACAGAUGGAGGAGACAGCCAGUCACGCGGCCGAGGUUCCUCGUUCAGCGUCGGCAGGGGUCUGGCGGUGGCCGGGCUCCAUAAGUACGGCCCUCGCUUCAAACGCCGACGCGUCCACCGGCGCCACUGCAACGCCCUCGUCCUGGCCACGCGUCAGGUGGUGGCCAGCAGUGGCAUUGGCCCCGCCCCUCUGGACGGCAACGACAGCCAGGGAGGGAAAGCGGAGGACGAGGAGGAGGCCGGAGAGAGGGAGGUGAGGCGGCAGAUGAGGGGGAGCAGGAGAGCGGGGAGGGGAGCAGGAGGGGUGGUGGAAGAGGAGGAGACGGUGGAAGAAGAAGAUGAGGAGGAGGAGCAGGAGGAGGAGGAGGAGGAGGAGGAGACCGGGGAGCUGCUCCGACCCCAGCCGGCCGUAAACGUCCUUAGAGAGAGGAUCCUGGGCCUGCCGCUGCCCGAGCCUCUGAAGAUGUACCUGCUGUACUACAGAGAGAAAUGAGCCUGCUAAGGCCACAGCCAGGUCCUGAGUCAGAGCCCAGAGCUGGAGGCAACGACCCAGCAGAAGCCCACGUCUCCCUUGCAACCCCACCACCACCUGUACAAGGCAGGACAACAUGCCACCUACCUUACUGACCCUUAGCUCCACUCGCUCACCUGCUCUCGCCUUCUCCAUCAUCCAUUUUCUCUGCCACUCCCUCUUUUUGCCCUCUGUUCCAACUGUUCUUUACUUGAUUCAUUUCCUGACAUGAUAAAGAGUCAGCUCAAUUUGUCCAGUGGAGGAGGGAGGCAAUGAUUUAGACAAAUAAACAGUCACUGAUGUAAAAAUUGCAUCUCCAUGUAGGUGCAAAAGAAAUAAAUACAAGUACAUGAUACAUACACAGAUGAUCAGUUUGCAGCUCUGUUUAUCUAACAUGCCAAUCAAGCCUUGCCUAACAACAGCUUAACAGUGGCCUGAGUAUCCACAGCUUAGUGGUGCAGAGAAGGACCAUCAGAGUUCAGACAGUGUAGCAUCAAGCAGAGAGAGAAGCUUACCCAUAGACCAGAAGGCAGAGGACGGCCCCUGCUCUUUUAGAGGGGAAGACAUAGAGUGGGCCCAGAGAUCAAGAAAAUGUGCAUUCAAAGUUUUCAUGAUGUUAUAUUUUCUCUCUCAGUAUAUCAUAUUCAAUGAUAUUGUAGCUUGUGACCAAGAUGGUGUUGUGGUUGUGUUUAUUUCCACUCAUUUCCAAAUAUAAGGGGAGCAUUGUUUAUGAGCCCUCAGUUCAUUAAAACAAUUAAAUGAUCUGCUUUUCCAAGGCCGAUCGUUGCUCAUUAUUUCCAGCAUUGUCUUCGGACACUCGUAGAGAUAAUGGAAGUUUGAGUUCUCCCUCUUUCUAUGCAUAUAUUUAACUGUAUGAAUAAAAGUCCACCUUUGUCUCCUGAUGUCGUCACAUGGAGAUGAAACUGUUCUAAAUCCUUACAUUUGUAUCCGAACGGCAGUCUCACUGUUUUUCUCUACAUCCCAUUUUAUUCUCUCACCCAAAAGAGAAUGACUAUAAAAGAUCUCAUACUUACUAAUAUUCCAAUUUACAAAAGUAGACCAGCAUGAUAACACAUAAACUGAUGUUUUUGAUGACUGACAGUGUGCAGGUUUUCUUUUUUCUUGUAAUAAUUAGAUUUUUGAAUUUCAUGAAUCUUGAAGUGGCGUGUACAGUACAUAUGAAAUUGUAUGUUUUGUGAAUCAUAAAAAAAUCUCGAGAUACUACAAAGAUACUUUGAUGAGUAGAGUAAGUAUCUUGUCUCACAUCUUUCUGUUCGUUAGUUAGAUGGAGCGUUAUUCCUUUAUACUCUUUGCUUUUGUACCAAACCUUCUGCUCCCCUCUGUGCCAAACUUCCAUUGCAUGGACUGAAUCCUCAAGAGGAAACGGCAGAUCAUCAACAAGUCACGCUUGAAGAAGAAGAAUUUGUUGAUGUUUUUUCAUUUCAAAAACUUCUCCACUACCACUGAAAUGACACUUGUGGUUGUUUAUGUAUUAGUUAUCAUGUAAAGCUUUAGAUUUCUCCCAUUGGAAAGUUUGUAUUUGACGAAUGUGAUGAAUAGCAAAUUGAUCUUUGCACAAGGCAUAACAGAUGCACCCUGCAUCAGUAAAUACAGUCAAGGAGAUAAAGAAUGGAUAUGAUCACAAUAAUGGGAGGGAUUUCAAUAUGUGCAGUUUAUAUUGGUAAUUUAUCCAACACUGAAUGUGAGGAUUGUGGCCAACAAGCAGGUCCUCAUCUGGCCAGGUGACUCGCAUCCCUUUUGACUCCUGCUGAGUGUGAUGUCAUGCUUCACUGUUUGGCCAUUCUACCAUUUCUACUGCUGCUAGAUCUGCCUAUUAAGUCCUGUAUGCACACCUUUCCUUUAUUCGACAUUAGUACCAUUUACGUUUGUUUGUUGUGCAUUUGUGAUUCUCUGCUGAAUGUACAUACAUGAUGGGUUUUUUGGGGGGUUUCUUUUGCACUUGAUAUUAAGUUUUGGAGAGAAUGAAUUGCUUGUUUUUAAAAUUGAGCUGUAUUAUUGACUACUGUUAAUAAAGUCCAUGAUACAAAAGAG